CAGUUCACCACCUCCACCGCAGCCAAAGCGGACUGGCGCGACCGUGCUCGUGCUGCCUCCCCCCCCGCCCACGCGCCCACGCACGGACGGACGCACGUCCGAGUCUCCCAGAGAGCGCACGGGCGUGUAGGCGUAGCCAUGCAGAUCCUACGCCUGCUCGCGGCGCGGCGGUUCCGGCGCCGCCGCCGCGCGGUGUCCACGAUCACCGCGACGGCGGCGACCGCGCCGGUGACCCCUCGCGGCUGCGGCGUGUACGGGUUAUACGGCGAGGAGGAGGACGAGGGCCCGUUCUUCGACCUCGACCUGUCCUGCUGCUCCGCGCCCGCGUCCAGCGCGGGCAGCCAGGCGGCCGAGUCGUCGGGCUCCGAGUCCGAGGACACCACCUCGUCCUGCCCCGCCGCCGCCGCCGCCGCGCGCGGCGGCGACCUCGACUUCGUCAUCUCGUUGCAGCGUAGCCGCUCGGGGUCGCCCUCCUACGAGGAGCGCCUCUUCUUCCGCGGCGCCGCGCCGCCGCGUCGUCCGGCGGCGCCAGGCCCGCCGGCGCUCAUGUUCUGCGCGUCCGAGCCCAGCGACGCCGCGUCGCGCGCCCGCCACAGCAGCGCCAGCGCCAGCCGGCGCGGCGGCGGGUGCAGGCUGCAGCUGCGGACGCUCAGCUUCGGGUCCGCCAAGGCCGCCUUCUACGGCGGACGCGCCAGCUUCUCCCGCAGCACCAGCAGCUUCUACGGCGGGUACGGCUCGCCCGACCAGGACCUGCUGCGGGACGAGGGAAGGGCCACCAGGCCGCCGCCCUCAGGCGACGUCAUCCGGCGGUACCUGAGCAAGAUCUCGAGCCGGCUACGGCGCGUGGCUGUGGCUCCCGGCGCCGCCGCCGCGGACCUCCGGCUACGGAAGAGCCGCUCGGCUUCGGCCACGCAGGUGUCCGCGGCAGCAGCCGCCCAGUCGCCGACACCGGCCCGACGCGACGACUCGCUCGCCGAGAAGCAGGACGGCAUCGCGAGCGCCAUCGCGCACUGCAAGGAGUCCCUCCACCGAGCGUCCGUCUCGGAGGUGGACACGUCGCUGGUGCGAUCGCGGAGUGACCCAGGGCCGUAAGCAGCGAGCGUCGGUCGACGACGCUGGGUGGUUUCGCCAUCUGCCGCGGCCGCCGUUCCGCUCUGGGACUCCGGAGGAGGAGGCUUCGGCGACCGAAGCUUCGCGCUGAAUUUCGCAAAGGACGCGAGGAAAAGACGACGAACAUGCUGCUGCUGCUGCUGCCGCAAGUACGAAUUGCUAAAGGCUCGUCAAGAACAUGCAGCGGUCGGUUGAAUGAGAAGAGCGAGCGAGCGUCUUUUAGGCUUGUUUAAGUGUGAGGAGCGAGUUCUUUUGGUGGUUUUAGGCGUGGGGAAAGAGCUCCUUUUAGGCUCCUUUAGCCACCUCCCCCAUGUACAAGCGUGGAUCUGUGUCUCUUCACCACCUUUUCUCUCUCUUUUUUUUGUUCAGUUUUCUCUCUUUUUUGGUUCGACGCUUUGUACAAGAGACUUGCAACAGGACCUGUAAUUAGUAGCUAGGUGCUCAGCCUUAUGCAAAUCUCAACAUGUUCGUUCGUUGUCCCA